AUGUCUGAUAACGAACCCCUUUCAUCAGACAACGCAGACAGCGAACCCUCUACAAAGACCAGGCGUAGGUUCAGGGAUAGGUCCAAGGAGGUGUUGUCCAAACAAGCCGUUAAGAUAGUCAAACAAGCUGAAGAGCAUGAAAGGUUCAUCAACAAGGUGACUUAUCUUUUGGGGGUUCUUGGCUUUGGUGGGUUUUGCUUCCUCUUUGGGGCAAGGCCACAAGCUGUUCCAGUGGUAUAUUGUUUGUUUUAUGUCGUGUUUGUUCCUCUGCGUUGGAUAUAUUACAGGGUCAAGAAAUGGCAUUACUAUCUCCUGGAUUUUUGCUAUUAUGCCAAUACAAUCUUCUUGAUUGACCUCCUUUUUUAUCCAAGGAAUGAAAAGCUUUUCAUGGUUUGCUUUUCAUUUGCUGAGGGGCCCUUGGCGUGGGCUUUGAUUAUUUGGCGCUGUAGCUUGGUUUUCAGUUCUGCUGACAAAAUUGUCAGUGUUCUUAUCCAUCUUUUACCUGGAUUGGUUUUCUUUUCCAUUCGAUGGUGGAAUCCUGAAACCUUUGAAGCCAUGCGACCAGAGGGAACUGCUGCAAGAGCUACAUGGCCUUAUAUUGAAGAUAAAUCCUUUCUCUGGAUGUGGUUGUUUCUGGUUCCCUUAGCAGUUUACAUUCUGUGGCAGGUUCUAUACUUCCUCAUUGUCAACGUCUUGCGCAGACAACGGUUGUUAAGAGAUCCUGAAGUCAUGACUUCCUACAGGGAACUCUCCAAAAAAGCCAAGAAAGCAAACAAUGUGUGGUGGCGCUUAAGUGGUGUACUAGGGGAUCAAAAUCGCUUGUUUAUGUACAUUGUUCUUCAAGCCAUAUUUACUGUGGCAACCACAGCACUAACUGUUCCCAUAUUCUUGUCCUAUGAAUUGUCUGUGGUUUUCCAAAUACUGAAGAUUUCUGCAUCAGUGUGGAAUGGAGGAAGCUUCCUAAUAGAUGUAAUGCCUAGGCAGGUAAUUCUCAAAGAGAAAAAGAAAUCAGAGAUACCACCUGUUCCAAUUUAA